AUGCAGCAGCCUCAGGCCGCCUCUUCAGACCAAAAAGAGUACCACGACUGUCUGCCAUGUCGCGUGAUGGGCGGUGGAGUCUUCGUAGGACUAGGUGCAUUCACAUAUCUUAAUGGCCACUCCCAACUACGCCAACAACAAGCGACCAUCUUGAAGAGCGGUUCGAUGUUCGGAAUGAGGUCAAGACAGGCGGGCAUUACUGGGCUGGCUGCUACAUUUGUAGGAUUGGGCAUCUAUCGGCUUUUGAGAUGA